AUGCCAUCACCGCUCAAGCUCAUGACCAUCCGAGCCUUUAAUGCCUUCACUCUGAAGGGCGUCGUUAUUUCUGAAAGAGAGAAGCCUGGACAGGUCUACCAGAAAGAAGAUAACGUGCCAAAAGGUCUGCCAAAAGAAGCCACAGUUCUUGGAACCAUCCAGAUCCUGUGUUUCCUGGUGAUUUCAAGUUUGGGGGUCAUUUUGGUUUCUGCUCCCAAUUCUUCCCAGCUCAGCCCAGCGAUUUCCACCAUUCUGACGUCUGGGUUCCCAUUUUUAGGAGCUCUGUGUUUUGCCAUUACCGGAACCCUCUCAAUUAUCUCUGGAAAAAACCAAGUAAGCCUUUUGGACUCAGCAGACAAAGCCGUACGGCUACAGGGCCAAGAGAUAAGACGACAGGGCAACCAUGCUCCCCAACAGCCGGUAUCCCACUGUGAGGUUAAAACAGAACGGAGCGCCACGAACAGCCUCAUCUCCAGCGCAGUGAGCUCCGUGGCUGCUGGGGUGGGCCUCGUCCUGCUUGCCAACAGCCCGGCAGCUCCGAGGCCGGCCUCUCAGCAGUGUGACUCCGGAAGGGAUUACCGAGCCUCACUGCCUUAUGCGAGGUACCAUUAUUCGAUAUACGAAGUCAAGGACUGUCUCCUGACCAGUGUCGGUCUGACAGGUGUCCUGGUGGUGAUGCUUACCUUCACGGUGCUGGAGCUCUCAGCAGCUGCAUAUGCUUCUGUCUUUUGGUGGAAAAGGUCUACUCUAGCCCUGCAUUCAUCCGGUCACAAAUAA